AGGAUUUUCAAUAUCACGUGGUCAUUUAGUGAGCGGUCACUUCAAUAAAACCGGUUUAGCGACGGAUAAACAUCAAUAGAGUGAUAGUAGUUGGACAUAUUUGAGUUUCUUUAGCUGUGUAACUAUGCAUUCAAGACGUGGAAACAGAAGUGAAUCUUUAGGUGGAUCUUCUGUUAAUACGGAAUUAAGUAAAAAAGAAAAUAAAAGUGACAGAUUACGGAAGGAGAGUGAGAAAACUGACAAGCAAGCUAAAAUUGAUGAAUUGAUGUCUCUACGGACAAAAGGAGAUAUGAAAGCGUGUAAUUCAGAUGUUCAGGACAAUCAGGAUGAAGAUUCAGUGUUAAACUUUAAGGUUCUGAUGAAAAUAGUGACAAGAUUAGAAGAGAAAGUUAAUGAGCUUGCCUCAAAGGAAUACAUAAAUACAGCUCUGGAUAAACGGCUAGAAGGUCUGGUGAGUGAAAAACUCUUUAAUGAUAAGCUUGAUGUAUUAAAAUCUGACAUUGGCAAUGACAUUAAAUUAGAGAUCGAUAAAGUAUACGAACAGGUCAGAUCUGUCAAGUCAAGGUUGAAAUCAUCAGAGUCUGAAAUAGAACAAUUAAAAAACUCUAAAAGUGAUCUGAGAGAAGAAGUAGAGAGAGUUAAAGGAGAAAAUGAUAAGCUUAAGGAACGGAACAAGGAAUUAAAUAGUAAGAUAAACUAUGAUCACGACAGAAUAAAAUACAGUGAGUUCCAAUUGAACGAGUUAGAGCAGUAUACCAGAAGAAAUAGUGUUCGUAUUUAUGGUUUGGACGAUGCAGACAGGAACGAAAGUCCAAUGCAAACUGAGGAAAAGGUCGUGAAACUGUUAAAGAACAAACUAGACAUGUCAAUAGAGGUCACAGACAUUGACAUAGCACACAGACUAGGGAAGUUUAGUGUUGAUGGGAACCGACCAGUGCUUUGUAAAUUUGUACAUAGAACACACAAACUAAACGCGAUAAGUGCUAGGAAAAAACUAAAAGGCUCCAGAGGCGUAAUCAGAGAAGAUUUAACUUUGAAAAACGCUAAAAUGCUAGAAAAACUGACGUCAAAAGAAGAAGUUGCCAACUGCUGGUCUGACGAGGGGAAGAUAAUUGCCCUGUUAACAAAUGGGAAGAAAAUGAAAAUAGACAUGUACGUUAACCUGGAUAGAUCAUUGUUAGCAUCUGAUUUUGAUAGUACAUCUUGAUUUAAAAAUCAAAAGUAUGACAUAUCUAUAGAAAGUGUUAAAAUGGUAUGAAAUGUUAUUGUUUUUGACUGUCAACUAACUGUACAUGUAAUAUAUAUAGGU